GAAAUCUGAGCUUGCUGAGUAUCAAGGCCAAAUACGUUUGGAAUAGCCUAAUCAGUCAAUCGUACAUUGGCAUCUAGUAUUUUGAAAUCAAAAAUAACAGGUGAGGAGGGAAGAGAGGUUGGAAAAGAGACGAAAUAAAAUAAUCCCUUGAAUAGUUAUCUGUUUUUUCAACGAAUGGGUCGAGGCUAUCAAAAACAACCUAAAAGAAUUCAAAAUUUCAUUUUAAUAGCUUGAUUGAUAAAAUAAGUUUUUUUAAAUAGAUUGAAGACAUGAAAAACAGCUUGAUUUUUUUUCGAAGUCGCUGUUGCGAAAAUAAUAGGCUCAGGAAAGUUCCUAAUGAUUAAAUGUUAUAGUCUGGUGGAUUAUGUUUUUCACGAUUUCAAGAUGUAGUUUUUACGGUCCUACUUGAUGCUAAAACAUGCUAAACAAGAGCUAUAGCUGAGUUGAGUUUUUAUUUUUUUUAAAGAAAUUGAUAAAUGGAUGCUGCUGAGCUCAAAAAUCUGUUUGGCGAAUGUCUGGCGGACGUGAACGGCGGUGACCCAUUUGUGAGGGGCAAACUAGAUGCCACUUUCACGUGUGACGACAAUGAGCCAUGUGUUGCUGGAAUAGACGAGGCGGGUCGUGGUCCUGUUCUGGGCCCAAUGGUGUAUGCAAUUGCAGUGUGUCCACUAAGCAAGUAUGAGCAACUGAAGCAAAUGGAAGUGAAAGACUCAAAGGUUCUCUCGGAGGAGGAGCGAGAGACUCUGUUCCGUACCAUCAACUCAAACCCAGACUUGGUCCACUGGCAAGUACAUGUACUGCAUGCUUCCCAUAUAAGUCGUAACAUGCUGGGUCUCUACCCGAACAAUUUGAACGCGCUGUCACAUAAUUCGGCACUGGGUCUCGUUAGAAGCUUGGUCGGUGCUGGAAUAAACGUGAAAGAACUCUAUGUUGACACAGUGGGUCCACCGGGACCGUAUCAAGAUAAAUUCACGAAGCAGUUUCCUACAACUCAAACUACAGUCAGUGCCAAAGCCGAUGAUCUGUUUCCAAUUGUAAGCGCUGCGAGCAUUUGCGCCAAGGUAUGUCGUGAUUGGAUAAUUAGCAAUUGGGAGUUUGAGACUCCCGUCUCUGAAAAUGUUGAAUACGGCUGUGGUUAUCCGGCGGAUCCGAAGACAUCGCAGUGGUUGGCGAGCGAGGCUCAGCGGGACUCUCUUUUCGCCUUUCCGAAUUUUGUCCGGUUCAGUUGGUCCACUGCCAGAAAUGUGAUUGACAAGCAUUGUGUCGAGAUUGAGUGGCCGGAUGAGGCGGAACCGGAGAAAGUGAGUAGGAAGCGCCCAGCCAACAACACUGCCAUAGACAGCUUCUUCUUCGCCUCCUCCGUGCACGAGGAAGAGCCCAAGAGACUACGACAGUACUUCGCUAACACCAGCCUCAAAACUGUCACAGAGUUGUGAUAAAUUAUAAACCAGCUGUGGUAAUAAGUGUCAUUGCAUUGCGCUCUUCGAAAUUGUUUUUGUUCGCUUUCAUUUUGGAUUUUUGUGUUAAAUUAUAAUUUUGUAAUUUAUGGUUCAAUUUUUUAAAAUGCUUUAGUGGCCAACAUUUGAAAUUAAUUAACGUUUGAGAUUUUCAGCAAUUGAACGUCUGAAUACUUAGUUGGAGUUCAGAAAAA